GUCUUUCUGUGCUAUUAUGGGAUGGAGCCCCCCCUCCCCUGCAGCAAAUGGUGACGGCGCUGGACAAGACCUGGCACCCGGAGCACUUCUGCUGCACCCAUUGUGGGGCGGUGCUGGGGGAGCAGGGGUUCCUGGCCCGGGACCUCCUCCCCUACUGCCCCCAGGACUUUGGGCUCCUCUUCGGGAGCCGCUGCCGGGGCUGCGCCCGCCCCAUCCUGGCCGGGUUCAUCGCGGCCCUGCAGGGGCUCUGGCACCCCCAGUGCUUCGUGUGCGCGGAAUGCUCCUCUCCCAUCACCGGAGGCACCUUCUUCGAGGCCAACGGGCGCCCCGUGUGCCAGCGCCAUUCCCAGCCCCAUUCCCAGCGCCAUUCCCAGCCCCAUUCCCAGCCCCAGAGCUGCUCCUUCUGCCUCCAGCCCCUGGAUGGGGCGGCCCCACAGCAGCGCGACGGGAAGCUCUACUGCCCGCUCUGCGCCCAGCACCUGCUCCAGUGAGGGGCCCCAUGGCCUGCCCUGCCCCAUAGGUGCC